CGUCUUUUAAGGCGCUCGUCCUGUAAGUCCCGACCAAGUCAAACUCUCACCGCUAACAUAUCAACAUGGCAUGGGGUAGGCGGUACCCAGUGGCCCUGUAUGUGAUGUUGAUGUCAGCUACUGGUAUUUAUGCAGUGUCCCCAAGCUUAUGGCGGAUUCGAGAUCUUGUGGAACGACAGAGACGUGAGGAGAUCCAUCACCAGCUGGAGCUAACAGAAAUACGCAAUGGCGCCAAAGAAAUCUUCAUAACUCAGCCACUGGACCACUUUGACGCUUCCGAAGAGGGCAUGUACAAACAGAGGGUCUAUGUGAAUGAUCAGUAUUGGAAAACUAAUGGCCCAGUGUUCCUUUACAUUGGGGGCGAGGGCAGUUUAGCUGUGUUUGACGUCCUUGGGGGGGAACAUGUGGAUCUGGCGAGAAAAUAUGGCGCUCUGCUGUUUGCAGUGGAGCACAGAUAUUAUGGAGCAAGCAUAAAUGACGACGGCCUUCGGUUGAGAAAUAUGAAAUUUUUGUCCAGUCAGCAGGCGCUAGCUGACCUUGCGUCGUUCUAUCAAUACGCUGUCAACACCUACCAAUUGACUCCCUCCAACACUUGGAUAUGUUUCGGUGGGUCAUACCCGGGGGCACUCUCCGCCUGGUUUAGAGUAAAGUACCCGCACAUCGUUUACGGGGCCGUGGCGUCGUCAGCUCCUGUGGAAGCCGAAGUGAAUUUUGAGGGUUAUAAUGAUGUUGUGGCGGCAAGCCUUAAAGACCCAGUCGUCCAGGGAUCUGAAUUGUGUUUGGCAAAUGUGAAGCAAGCUUUUGCAGACAUUGACCAGCUGAUAGAGAAUGGCAUGUUCAAUCAGUUAAGGCAGGACUUCCUCUCUUGCAACGACAUUUCGGCCCAUUACGACAUGGUGACAUUUGUUGGCAAUCUGGCCGGGAUCAUCAUGGGCAUUGCUCAGUACAACAACCAGGUCCAGUUCCAGAAUAUCACCACGUUCUGUAAAUACAUGACACAGGCAUCCCAAAAGCCUUACCAGAAUCUGGUGAAAUACAAUGAGAAACUGUUAAGCAUGUCGGGGCGUAAAUGUGCAGACAACUCCUGGAGCGGAUUUCUGGCCAGUUUGUCUAACACGACAGUAGACAGAUCUGGGUUUGGAGUCGGUCUCCGUCAGUGGUUGUACCAGACUUGUACUCAGUUCGGCUAUUAUCAGACAUGUGACACCAACACAACUUGUCCGUUUUCUCGCUUCAUGGAUCUGGACAGUAACACGGUAAUUUGUGAGGAGAUUUUCGAAAUCCCCGCUGCUGAGGUCGCCAAGAGAGUUACAUUUACCAACGAAUUCUAUGGUUCAAACCGACCCAGUGGAUCCCGGAUAAUAUUUGUCAACGGCUCCAUAGAUCCAUGGCAUGCAUUAAGUGUUCUGAAGAACCUCGCAGACGAAGAGAUCGCAGUCUUCAUCAACGGCACGUCACAUUGCCAGAAUAUGGGUUCGAACCGUCCUGGAGAUGCAGCUGCUCUCCGGGCAGCCCGAAUGGAAAUAGACACUAUUGUUGGGAAAUGGCUGGAGGAAGCGCAGAGUGGCUUGGAUAAUACACUAUACUGGAAAGCGUAGAUCACGUGAUGAAAAGUCAACCUGUUUGAUAAUUAUAUAUUAUAUCCAUAAUAUUUUUACAAGUAUUUUGUUAUAGAGCACAGCUGCUGUGGGCCUUCUUGUGGUUCAAAUGUUUUGUGUUUUCAUAUAUUCGUGUGAAAAAUAUUGUCUAGAUUCUAGAAUACAUUACUCAAUUAACUUCCUUUAUGUAAAUUCAGAUGAAACAGCUUGUAUUGAUCGUCCUGACAACCUUUCGUCUUGUUUGUUUUGUCCAUUUCCCAUCAUGAUCACUACAUAUUUUCAAACAUGCUCAAUAAAUCCUCAUAUCCAUGCAUCCAUGUAACUGAUCUGUGUCAGGGUCAAUAAGAAAAACAUCAGUAUAUAUACCCAGGAUCGCUCGGCGUGUGGUAUAUAAAUACAACAUUCUGGA